CAACAUGAGGCAUCGUUAGCUCUCUCUCUAGCGCAGCAAUCCUGCCUGCCUUCAUGCUAGCCAUUAACCAGCACUUAUUCUUAUAGCAACACGUCUCAUUUGCUAUACAUGUAUCUCUUCAUUCUCUUUAAAACAGAGGAUUUAUCAUUCCUUUUAGAUUUAUUUCGUUUCCUAGUAGACGCCAUUUAAAACCCCGCCUGUCAAGGCACACCCAUGGCUGAGUUCAGUCAGUGAGUUGACUUGAGCAGCUGCAGAGAGUGCAGAGUGCAGACUGGCAAAUUGUGGCAAUUGGCAAGAAGACUCAUAACUGGCAAGUUUGGAAUCUGAGCAAGAAUAAUAAAAGAAAUCAGAAGCUUAGACUUAGUCUUGUCACUGUUUGAUGUAAAAAUAUGGCUGCAAAUUAUAAUGAAUAUGGUGGUUACAGUUACAAGUUUGUUGAUGCUGAUCUUCCUGAGAAGUAUAAAUGUGCUAUAUGUACAUUUGUAGCUCGUGAUCCACAGCAGGUUACCUGUUGCCGCUCACAUAUAUAUUGUAGCAGCUGUCUGCUAAAGCACAAACAGAGAUCUGGAUCAUUAUUUAACUGUCCUAGCUGUCGUGAGCUUCUUGAUGGCAGGUAUUUUCCUGAUGGAAGGAUUGAUCAAGAGAUAAAGGAUCUAGAAGUCUAUUGUCCUAAUGAUGAGUGCCAAUGGAAAGGAGUCAUUAAGGACAUAGAGACUCAUAUUACUGAAUGUCCUUACCAGAGUAUUGAGUGCACUAAUGGCUGUGGAGAGAACCUGCAAAGAAUGAAAAUGGAGACACAUGUAUCCGAGGAAUGUCCUAAGCGUAUUGUUACUUGUGCACAUUGUGAAGAGACUGGUGUUCAUGAUGUAAUAUCUACCAAUGCUCACUUAGACAUGUGUCCUCUCUUUCCCAUUAAAUGUACUAAUGAUGAAUGUGAUGUAAUUUCUCCUCGUAAUCAGUUAUCAGUACACAAAAGGAUUUGUCCUAAGUCUAUAGUCAAAUGUGAGUACAGCAAGGUUGGUUGUUCUAAGAGGAUGAAGCGAGAGGUACAGGAGGAGCACAAUGAAUCAUUUGUAAAGGAACAUCUUCAACAAGCAGUCAAUGCAUUGCAUAAUCGAUUGCCUUCAAAUUCCAAAGUUUUCAAGCUCAGUAAUUUUAGCUAUAAGAAAUCAAAAGAUGAAAGGUGGUACAGUUCUUUCUACACAUCACCAAGAGGCUAUAGGAUGAAAUUGGAUGUUCAUGCUAAUGGUGAUGGUAAUGCUGAAGGUACUAGUGUGUCUUGCUUCAUUUAUCUUGUAAAAGGAGAAAAUGAUGAUAAUUUAGAGUGGCCAUUUCAAGGAGAAGUCACUAUUGAGCUAUUGAACCAACUGGAGGAUAACAAUCACAAGGUAUGUACUAUGAAAUUCAAUGAGUCAACACCAGACCGUUGUAAGAAUAGAGUCAUAGAAGGAAGAAAUGGUCAUGGCUGGGGUCGUCCUAACUUUGUUCCUCAUUCUGAGUUAGGCCACAAUGCUGACACCAACUGUUGCUACCUCCUCAAUGAUUGUCUUCAUUUUAGAAUAACUGUGAACGCUACCUACAAUAAACCAUGGCUUGUUUGAUUUACUAUGCCCUGAUAGGCUGAUACUGAUGCUAGCCUACAUUGGAUUUUUAUUUAAUAUUAUGUGACAUUUUUUUCAU